AGCAACCUCUUGUCAGUGUCUUUUUCUGUUAUGAUCUAGACCAGGAUAGAGCUCGAAUACUCUUAUAAGUUUGAGGUGUUCCUCAAGUAUUUGUUCAACUUUUUUAAUUCACUUUGUUGAUUAUUUUUCUAUGAUAUUAUCAAAAAUUAAAGUCGUGUCGCUGAUUCGAUUUGCCUUUUGUGUUGCUAUUUUUAGCAUCAUAUAUUUUAUGUUGGUUCAACCUUUAAUGAAUUACAAUAUGAGUGAUUUUUCCGAUCAAGAUUUUACUGGUUUCACAUCUCAAGACUUGAGUAUUGCUGAAAAUAUUUUGAUUAAUAAUACUAAUCAGGGCGAUACGUCUAAGUUUGUUGAUCUAAUAACAAACGCUUCGAAACCGGAAGUAAAGUCUUCCAAUGUAAACAAACAUGGCCGGAAAAGGAAAAACGUGGAGAAAAUUUCAGCUACAAGUACAAUAGAUCUUGGUAUAAGAGGCCUUUUUUAGCUGGAGGCCAGAGGAGAUUUCAACCUCCAGAUCGAAGAGCAGCAUAUUAUCCAAGUUACAAAAAUUACCAGAACAGGGGCAGACCAUACAUACAGUACUCGAGGCAAAGCCAGAGGUCGUUACACAAAGAGUCAAUAGAUCAUGAAAGUGAAGUUACAGGUCUGAAGAAUAAACUCGGAAAAGAGACGACCAAAGUAUCAAGUCAAGCCAGCUCUACACAAACUAGUCCAUCACAGGUUCCUGUAACUCCAUUGAGAAGGACAUUUAUACCAACAACUCCUAAACUACAUCCAAAGACAGCUGACACACCUAAAACAAUGAAGACACCAGUUGGUGAGGAGCAGACACCACAGAGAAGUAUUCUUCGUGGAAUCAAUAGUGUAUCUAAAAAACGACGUGUUGCUUUUAUACCUGAUAAUGAGAAACACAAUGAUUCAGAUUCUUCUUCUUCCGAAUUAAUGGAAAUAGAGCCUAUGGACAUUGAUCAAUUUGCAAGAGGAAAAUCUACACCAAUUCAUAUUCGUCCAUCUCCACGAGUAAAAGUAUCAGAACCAACACGACAACCAUUAAAAACUCCACAAUUGAAUAGAGUUCCUCGUGGUCCACCCAUUAAGCUCAAUCCAAAACAGCAACAAAUCAAAGGAUAUAUGGGUAAAGAAAAUGACCAAUAUAAUGCUUUGUUUCCUAAUGAGACACGAGAAAAUAAAAUUGUAAAAAAGAAGGAGAUUAUGGCUGGUUCCAACAUGAGAAAAACACCAUCAAAACAAACAAAGGCUAAAUUCUUCUCUGUCUCUCCAAAACAAAGAAAAGAGGCAGCAAGCAAGGCACGUAAAUCAGAUAAAGUUGAAGAUAUGGCUUGGUUUGAUCUUGAUUCUGUUUUUGGAUUUGGUCCUGAGGACUAAACAAACAGUUUGCCUAUUUGUGAAAAGAAAGGAAGUUUUUUGUUUUUAUUUCACAGAAUAGCUUUCAGAUAGUCAAACAAAAAAUAUUGUGUCCUGUUUACAAACAUACAUGUAUGAAAAGUUAGUCAAACUUACGCAGACCUAAGAGUAAAAAACAACUUUACAAACAGAAUACACUAUUGCUUAUUGCAGCUUAUAAAUUCACUGAUUGUUAUAAUAUGAAUUAUCUUGUUUAUUUAAUUUCAUUCUUCAAACCCUGAUAAAAUGAUAAAAAAAUAAUUGUGAUAUACUAUUCUGUGAUAAUUUAAAUAAAAGGUUACAAAAUCAUAUAAAAAUAUUGAUAUUAAGACAUGUUUUGCAUGUUAAUAGUUAUGAAUUUUACCUUUUAAAAAUAUGAUACGAUAUUUAUAUAUGAUGAAAAUAUAGUUGAUGUUAUUCAAAUUAAAAAUACAUUAAGAAGAUGAAUUACUUAUUUUUUUUUCUAUUUUUGAAGGAAUGCAACCUCCUUGGACACCUGAUGUAAUAAUAUACAUAUUGAAAAUAUUCUUGGUUCAAAAAUGACUAUAUCAGAUUUAAUGUUAAUAGUCUCCAAAACUGUACGAAAAUUUCUUUCUUUCUAUUGCUAGUGUACCCUCUGGCUGAAAAUUGGGGUACCCGAAAAUUGUUGAUAAAAUCUAAACUUAAUUUUAUAUUAUCUAGUCCUUAACCAUUCUGCACUAUGGCAGUCUUG